AUGCCGGGCUCAGACCGAGUCUCGUUGAAUCGCCGCUCUUCCACGCAGCAUUACCAGACCUUUGAUACCCCUCCGCCCAAGUCGCGUGGACGACCGAACUCGGGCCAGUCCGAGUCCUCAGCAGAUGGCUCUCACGAUCUCCACCAUGAUGCCACUGAUCACCAAGGAACACAAUCGCCGUUGCCGAAGAAGCAAAUGGCCGUGCUUGCCAUGAUUGCCUUGGCUGAGCAAACUGCGCUGAACUCGAUCAGUCCCUAUCUGCCCGACAUGGCAUCGACGUUCCCCGAGGUGGAGCCGAGUCAAGUAGGCGUGUACGUUGGGACUAUUGCAUCGGCAUUUGCACUGGCCCAAUUUGGCACAAAUUAUUUCUGGGGCUGGCUCUCGGACCGUGUUGGUCGUAAGCCGGUGAUUCUACUUGGCACCUUUUUGACUGCCUUGUGCUUCGUCGCAUUCGGUUUCUGCAAGACCCUUGGACAAGCUAUCGCAGUGCAGGCGCUGAUGGGUGUGGUCAAUGGCAAUCAGGGGCUGGUCUCUACAUGUCUGGGAGAAAUUACCGACCGAAGCAACCAGUCACAGGCCUUCACAUACCUCCCUGUUCUGUACGGCAUUGGAGGUAUAACCGGUCCUCUUUUGGGAGGACUUUUGAUCUUUGAAACGAACCCUUUUACUGGAAACAAAAAUUCCUACCCGUAUCUUGCGCCAAACCUCGUGUCUGCCAUCAUUCUUCUGGUGGACUUUGCUCUGACGACUCUUUUCCUAGAAGAGAGCCUGGAAGACGCAGAGAGUAUUCCUAAGAUUGGUAAAAAGGUGCGCAGCCUUUUCACCUGGCUGUGGCAAUUUACCAGCUCUUCUCGCCGGCCGACCUAUGUGGCGGUCCCACAGGCGGUCCCAUAUCCCCAUGAUCACCACGGCACAGAAAACGAAGACCACGACAGUGACCUGGAUUCUGCAUCCGAGGUAUCUAGCCUACUCGGACACCACGAAGAACUUGCCUGGGAUGAGAUCUUCACUCGGGAUACCAUCUUGCUUCUUGUGACUUACUUGAUCUUUGCCUUCUGCAACGUUUCUUUCAAUUCGCUGUUUCCCAUCUUUGCGCAAGCCAAACCCCCGGCGGGACGAUCACUCACCCCUUCCGAGAUUGGGCUCUCACAAGGAUUUGCUGGUAUUGUUACCAUCAUAUUCCAGAUUUGUAUUUUCAAUCGCCUGCGCGAUAAGAUGGGCAAUAGAUGGUCUUACCGUGCGGGUCUUUUUGGCUUCGUCGUCUCAUUCAUCUUGAUGCCUUUCAUCGGGUACAAGAGCACAAACACCGAGAGCUUGACUGGCAAGUCCGCGCUCAUGGCGGUCGAACUGUGCUUCGUAUUGCUAGUUAAGACCAUAGCCUCCGUGGGUGGUCUGACCAGCGCUCUGCUUUUGGUUACGAAUUCUGCACCCAAUCAUGCCGUUCUAGGUGCGCUGAAUGGUCUCGCCCAGACCCUCUCCGCAGCCGGGCGAGCAGUCGGCCCGUUCCUUUCCGGCGGACUAUUCUCUCUCACAGCCAAGAUCCAACCAAAGGGUGAAGCCCUGGCAUUUGGCGUCUUCGGCGCCGUCUCCUUCAUCGGGUUCAUCAUGAGCUUCGGAAUCCGGGGCCGAUCACUCGAAGCAGACGGCUGGGGCGAGGACAGCGAUGAUGGAAACUACAAGUCGGACGACGAUGAAGCAAACGUCCCUUGA